AUGCCCCGAAUCAUCCUCGCCAUCAACGCGGGCAGCUCCUCAGUCAAAGUCUCUGUAUACGAUGCAUCUGCGUCAGAAGAACCCAAAGAACUGGCCGGCAUCCAAGUCUCCGGCCUCACCGCGCCUCCCGCAACGCUCAAAUACGACCGCGGCGACGAACACAUCAAAUCCCAAGAACUGCAGGACGUCAAAGGCCAAGAAGGCGCCUUCGACUACAUCCUCAAACACCUAACCGAAGACUCCGGCCUCGACGCCUUGAACCACCCCGACGACAUCGAAUUCGCCUGCCACCGCAUCGUCCACGGCGGCAACUACGACAAACCCGUCCGCAUCGACCGCGACACCUACCACCACCUAGAGAAACUCUCAGACCUCGCCCCACUGCACAACGCCGGCGCCCUCACCAUCGUCAAAGCCGUCCACGACAAGUGCCCCAAAGCCUCCAACAUCGCCUUCUUCGACUCCGCCUUCCACGCCACCAUCUCCGUGCCCGCACGAACCUACGCCAUCGACCAAACCAUCGCGACCCGCAACGGCCUGCGCAAAUAUGGCUUCCACGGCCUCUCCUACGCCUUCAUCACCCGCUCCGUCGCCGCACAACUCGCCAAACCGACCUCCCAAACCAACAUCAUCGCCCUGCACCUCGGCUCCGGCGCCUCCGCCUGCUGCAUCCAAAACGGCGAGUCCGAGGACACAUCCAUGGGCCUGACGCCCCUCGCGGGCCUCCCAGGCGCCACGCGCUCCGGCGACGUCGACCCCUCCCUCAUCUUCCACUUCACGCACGACGCCGGGAAACUCUCCCCGUCCUCCACCAAGGACAUGUCCAUCACGACCGCCGAAGAAAUCCUCAACAAGAAAUCCGGCUGGCAGGUCCUGACGGGGACCACCGACUUCGGCGUCAUCUCCUCCAAAGCGGCGCAGGGCGAUGAGAAGUGCAAACUCGCCUUCGACAUCCUCGUCGAUCGCCUUAUAGGUUUCGUCGGCAGCUAUUAUCUGAAACUAGGCGGGGACGUCGACGCGCUGGUUUUCGCGGGCGGGAUGGGCGAGAAGGGCGCGGCGUUGCGGAGGGCGGUGGUGGAGAAGGCGAGGUGUUUGGGGUUUGAGCUGGAUGAGGGGAAGAAUGAGAAGCCGGGGGAGGGGGUUGUGGUGAGUAUCGGGAAGGAAGGGAGUAGGCAUGGGAUUCUGGUGUGUGCGACGGAUGAGCAGGUGGAGAUGGCGACGCAGUGUGCGAGGGAUGCGGAGCAGCUCAAGGGGUCGGAGUGA